AUGCCUGCUUACCACUCUGUAUUCAACGAGGAUGCCUCGGUCCGACAGAUUGGGAACAUGGCUGUAUUGCCUAUAAAUACAAAGAUCCGAGGACCAGCUCCCAUAGCAUCCGACCCAUCAGAGCCGGAUAUCAUUGAGGAGAGUCUGGAUCUCUUCAGAGCCAACUGUCUCUUCAGAAACUUUGAGAUCAAAGGACCCGCCGACCGACUUAUGAUCUACCUCAUCCUUUUCAUAUCAGAGUGUCUCACGAAACUGUCGCCCACUGCCGGGAGACCAUCACCAAGUUAUCAAGAGGCUUCUAAGCAGUUGUCCACACUGGCCGUCGACAAUUUUGCCUUGCCCGGAGACGCUGGAUUUCCCCUCAACUCGUUAUAUCAUCCUCCCGCCUCCAGAGCGGAUGCUGAUGCCCUUCGGUCUUACCUUACCCAAACCCGAUCGGAGCUAGCCCAGAGACUUUGUGAUCGUCUUUAUCCCCCUGAGCACCAGCUCGGAGCCGAUGGUCAACCUACCGGACAAAUGGGACCCAGAGCAACUAAGCCUAGCAAAUGGUGGAUGAGCUUCCAGAAGAGACGAUUCAUGGGAAGAAGUUUGGGGGCGUAG